AUGUCGCGUCGCACUACCAUCCCAGAACAGCCAGUUGGGCCCUUCUCAAUAGGCCGGUGCAUUCUCUAUGGUUGUGGAGCGGGCCUGCUUGGCGUCGCGGCCAUGACGGUUGGGGAGAAAAUCGAGCAAUAUUUCACUGGCAGACCGACUUCAUAUGUCCCGGGCCAUACAUUAGAACGGCUUUUGUCGCUCCCGGCUCGACCUGACUCAGAGCGCUUCGGACUGAACAUGGCGAUGCACUACGGCCAGGGAGCUGCUGCUGCGAUUAUCAGAGCCCUUAUGAGCGCGAACGGCAUUCGUGGGCCGUUUUCCGACUUCAUGUUUAUUUCUAUCCGGUUGAUGAUUGACCAGACUUUAGAGAAUUGGACAGGGGUUGGCGCGCCUCCUUGGACGUGGCCGGAAAAUGAGCAGGUCAUUGAUAUUUUACACAAAGCUGUUUUUGCGUUCGUAACUGGUUAUUUCACAGAUAGGUGGCUGCAGGGAUAA